UCGGCCAGCCCACCGGCUCUUCACAUCAGCACCGCGGACAGCCCCCCUGGCCCAGCCCAGCGACAGCCAAGGACUGGUCAGAACGCCCUGAAGAUGGCCACUGAGGUCCACAAUCUUCAGGAGCUCAGGCGAAGUGCUUCACUGGCCACCAAGGUCUUUAUCCAGAGAGACUACAGUGACGGCACCAUCUGUCAGUUCCAGACCAAAUUCCCGCCAGAGCUGGAUAGCCGGAUCGAGCGGCAGCUCUUUGAGGAGACUGUGAAGACCCUCAAUGGUUUUUAUGCGGAGGCUGAGAAGAUUGGGGGCAGCUCCUACCUGGAGGGCUGCCUGGCCUGUGCCACGGCCUACUUCAUCUUCCUCUGCAUGGAGACCCACUAUGAGAAGGUUCUCAAGAAGAUUUCCCGUUACAUCCAGGAGCAGAACGAGAAGGUCUUUGCUCCCCGAGGGCUCCUGCUCACGGAUCCCGUGGAGCGCGGGAUGAGGGUUAUCGAGAUCUCCAUCUAUGAAGACCGGUGCAGCAGUGGUAGCUCCAGUAGCGGCAGCAGCAGCGGCAGUGGCAGCAGCAGCGCUGGCGGGGGAGGGGCGGGGGCCCGGUGACUGGCCGAGAGUCCCUGCCGGGAGGUGUACGGACGCAGCGAGGGGCUGGCAGAGCUGCGCAGGCUGCGCUACCAGAGCACCCGCUUCUGAGUCUUUCUCUGGGCCCACCCUGCCAUGUGACGCGGAAGGGAGGGUGACGGCCCGCUGUUCUGUCCCCAGCCUUUGCCCCUUGGCAGGUUCUUCUUCUUUCUGACCCUGGAUCUUUUUUUUUUUUUUCUUUUUUCUUUUUUUUCUCCCAAGAGGCUGAUCUGGGUCGUCAGAGCCAGACCUUCCUAGGGGACCCAGCUUGGACAAACCCUCUCUUUCCUGCCUCCUUCCUCACUCUAAGGAGGGCCUGGAGAAUUCCCACCCUGCAUGAUACUUCACCCUCAAAGACCAUGUCUACCUGGACGCGGCUCCUUGGGGCUCUUUCUAAGGCCCAGCGCUACUAUGGGCUCCAGCUUGUCAAUGGCCCCACCUCCUCAUUGGAGAUCUGGGGAGAUAGGUGCCCCGGGAGCUAUUCAGCCGCUCCAAAGGGAGUGACUUUCCUGUCCUUCACUCGGAGCCGAAAGUUCUCUCAGCCUUGCCAAGAAGUACUCAACUCUGAGACUUUGAGUCACCCCACCAGGAACUGAUUUUGGGGGUUUGGCCUAGGACUCUGAUGGGGCCCACUGGGGUACGGUAAAACUCUUUGGAUGAAUGCAGCUGGACAGAGCUUGAACUCUUGAUGCCAAUUCCUGCAAUCGUGUGCAUACAUGUGGAAUGCACUGUGUGCACAAACGUAUGUAUGUAUGUUUAUGGGUGGCUAAGCAUGUACACAUGUGAGUAUACAAGUGUAUGAAUAUGAGUGCCUGUAUAUGUAUGACUGCACAAGCCAAGGUGUUUAUGUACGCAUGUGUGUAUGAACCUAUGUUUAUCCGAGUGAAUGAGGGAGAAUGUUAAGUGCGUGUGGGCAACACAUGCAUGCAAAUUAUGUAUGCUUGUGCACAAGUGCACGGGCGUGAGCAUGCAUGUCUGUGUGUAAGCAUGUGUGUGUGUAUGUGUGUGUGUGGGGAGAGAGAGAGAGAGAGAGAGAGAGAUUGAUUCUGUUGUGUGUUCUCUUUGGCUGCUGGGCUAAUGACUACCAAGCCCUGUCCUGUCCCUGUCACACUGGUCUGCAGAGCCUCCUGUGAGUCCCUUGUAGCCCUCUGUAAGUCAAUGUCCUAAAGCUGGGCUGUGAGCUUGGCUCUUCCUCCUGGUCUUUCUCCCACCUUUGGCUCUAUUGUACACAUUCUAAUGGAGGGAUGGUUGGGGUCCUAGGAGAGCAGAGCUAAUGUCUAGGUGGUCUUUGGUGCCCCUCUCCCAGCCCCCAUGGCACAGUGGGGCCACAGAUGCUGCACAUUCAGCCUGCCCAGAUGUCAGGACCCCGAGGCCCUUGUAGAUGAGGCUUCCCUGGACAUUCAAGGCAAACGUGCCUUUUGUGGGAAAGCUAAUGGUGCUGUGGCUCCCUAGAGGAGCCAGGUGAAAGGAAGGCAUCCUGGGGCCUGAAGACGGGCAGAAAGGGGCUGCCUACCUCAGCGGGCGGGAGGUGCUAGAACUAGACAGGAAACACCAGCCACUAUCAGCAGCUUUCUGGAGCUGAAGGGCCUGCUUCUCGACAGGCCAAAGCAGCAACGGCAUGGGUCCGCAGGAGACUGUGCUGAGGCAUGGAGAGGGCUGGCCAAGCGCCUGAAGCCUCAGGGAGCCUGAGCCUGAUGAGCCCUGGUGCGAUGAACCCCUUCUUUCCGAGCUGCAGCCCCUGAUUCCUUACAGCAGAAGCCUGUGCCCUCUGUAGCCUGCUGUAUGUCCAGGCCUUGAGUCUGACUUUGCACAGCCUCUUGGGAAGGUUGGGAAGAGGCAAAAUGGAGACCUUUUGUUUUAUUCUUCUCCCAAUAAAAGGACUUGCCAGCUUGAGGUUCCAUGCUGUUUCCACUAGUCCAUCCAAAGAGAGACUGUGUGUUAACCUUUGGGUGGAGCCAGUAGGUUCAAAUAAAAGCUAAGUCAAGAGUAA